UGUGGCAUACUCCUGAAAAUCAGUACUCUCAGCUUGAGCUUUGCUUCAUUUCCUUGAGCGCUCAACAUGCAACACUUUUGGCUCGCUCUUGUGACACUGCUCAUUGCCCUUCUCUUCUGGAAAUGGAGACGACCUCCAAACUUUCCCCCAGGACCCUGGGCUCUGCCUAUCAUUGGAAACUUCCUCCAAGUUAAUUUACACAACCCAGUCCCAGAUUUUAAUAAGCUGGCCAAGACAUAUGGCAACAUUUACAGCAUCUUUUUGGGUGGCACACCAGUUGUCAUACUGCAUGGGUUUCAGACUGUGAAGGAAGUAUUUGGGAAUUCUGGCUUAUUAUUUGCUGACAGGCCACCUGUUCCAGUUUUGCAGUCCUGCACGAAGAUGAAAGGUAUGAUCACUGCCCCCUAUGGUCGGGAGUGGAAGGAGCAGCGAAGGUUCACUCUCAUGAUGUUCAAAAACUUUGGUCUUGGAAAAAGAUCUAUGGAAUGCAGAAUUUAUGAAGAAUCAACAUAUUUAGUAAAAUCAUUUAAAGUAAAGGAUGGUUGCACACUGGAUCCAAACUUGCUGGUUUACCAAGCUGUUUCUAACAUAAUUUCCUCCAUUUUGUUUGGUGAUCGCUUUGACUAUGAUAAUGCCUUGUUUGCAGAACUGAUUGGCCAUAUUAAAGAAAUCAACAGAGUUCUAGCUGGAGUUUGGGCAGAGCUAUAUAACACAGUACCCUUCACCAGAAAGCUUCCACUGCCCUUUCGGAGUCUGCUCAGAAGUGCAGAAGGGCUCAGAAGUUAUGCAGCUAAGGUAAUAGAAGAACACAGAAGGACUCGAACACCAGGAGAUACCAGAGAUUUUAUUGAUGGCUAUUUAGAGAAGAUGGAAAAGAACAGUGAAAAUGGAUCAUUUUUCAAUGAAGACAAUCUGGUUGCUAUUAUUUUGGAUUUGUUUGUGGCUGGGACUGAUACCACAGCAAUUACUCUGAGAUGGGCAUUGCUUUUAAUGAUGGCCUAUCCUAAAGUGCAAGCUAGAUGUUAUGAAGAAAUUAAAUCAGUGUUUCAGACUAAAGGGAAACUUCAGUAUGAAGAUAGAUCUAGCAUGCCCUACACACAAGCGGUCAUUCAUGAAGUUCAACGCUUUGGAAAUAUUGCACCUGUUGCAGUACCACAUUCUCCAUUGAAGGACACACACUUGUUUGGAUACACCAUCCCAAAGGGUACACGGAUAUUGCCUGACAUGACUUCAGUGCUCUAUGAUGAAUUAGAGUGGAAACAUCCUAAUGAAUUUUAUCCUCCCCACUUCUUAAAUAAAGAUGGUGCUUUUGUGAAACCAGAAGCCUUUUUACCCUUUUCAAUAGGUCCAAGGUCAUGUAUAGGGGAGGGUCUCACUCGAAUGGAACUUUUCAUCUUUUUCACUGAGCUUCUGAGGCACUUUGAGUUCUUCUGGCCUGAUAAGACUACAUCACCUGACCUCACGCCAGUGUUUGCAGAGACACAGUCACCACGUCACUUCAUAGUAGGCAUAACGCACAGGAGCGACUGAUGAUGUUUGCAAGCUACAAGGUGUAUGACAUUAGGCUGUAACAAAAAGGACAGAAACAAAACUGGAUAAUAUCAGGCAAUUUAAAAUAUUUGUCUGGUCAGAUGAUUCUAUAAUACUGCAACACUGAACGAUGAAUUCCCAAUGUAAAUUACGUAAAUGCAUGCCUUUUUGUCAACUUGUCCCCAAGAUCCUAUGAGAAAACUUGCACAUUAUGGCCCUCCUGUGUAUUUCUUCUGUGCACAAUGAAAAGCUGUAACAAAUUAGCAACCAGGAACUCUUCCCCAAAGCAUUAUAUUAGACUUUAUUACUAUUUCUAAAGUUACUGGACCUGUCCUUCUUACAUUGCUAACUUUGACAUCAUACUCUUUCUGUUUUAAUCCAGCUCAUAUAUUUCUUAACCUUCCCCCCAACCCUAACAUCUUACUCAGGGUAACUGCUUCCUUACCUAACUCCCAUUCAGUCCAGCUCACCUGUUUUCUCUUUUGACUUUUCCCCUAUUUUUAUACUUGUAACUAGCAUCUCAAUUGAACUUAAGAACUUAUCAUGCUGACCUGCAUAGGUUUUACCUUUGGUGGACUAGCACACGUCAUGGGAGCUGUACAAUUGCAUAGCUUCAUGUUCUGUUUUGAUUUACAUCUCAUUUACAUAUUUUAGCUGUAUACUCAUUGAAUGUAUUCACUGUUUUUUAUUGAGAAUACUAAAUUGUUUGUCAUGUUAAAAUGACAUUCAGUUGAGCUCUCAUUUUUACACAUACAAUCAAAAUGAGAUGAAAUUUAUUGAAUAUCCUGCUUACUGUAAUCUAAUAAAAUUUAAAAGUAUGCAGUUACUGAAGCUACUAGAUACUGAAGCUGGAGCCCUGUGACUGGUACCAUUUGCAACAUUUUGAUACCAAAGGUUUUCAGUUUUCAAAAUGUUUAUUUAACCUUUAUCUGAACAUUUUCUGUUAACUACAUAUUCUGUUACUAGUAUAAUCUGAUACCACACAGACAUGUUUGAAACUGGAACUGAAUCAGUCACACCAAUAUCCUUACAAAAUAGAAAGACUGGAAAGAGUGAUGUACAACACUUUACCUUUGCUCUAUAUCUGGGUGGUGAAUAGAAGCUUUUAUUUGUCAUGUUUUUAGUAAAUGCCAAUAAUAAAUAAGGUGAGCAUGUAUAACGGGUAUGCAGAAGUGGGGCUGUCCACCAACUGUUUGUCUGUUGGCAUACUUAUCUGCCCUUAAUGACUUGUUAAAAUUUCUGCUGACUGCUUUUAUGUAGAAAUAGCAACAUAUCUGGAAGAUAUGUAUAUAUACACCUGUUGAUGGCUGAUAGCACAAGUAUGUCUUGCUUUACAAAGGAACAUCGUUUGAUGGAUUACUCAAAACCCACAGUAAAAAAGCACAGAUAGGAGUAAUGGAAUUCUGAGUUCUUUCAAAAGUAGCAAUGGUGACAAUACUAGAAUAAAUCUUGUGUGUAGUGGGAUUGCUCAGCUAGAAAUGCCCCUACAUAAGAGAUUUGCAUCAGUUAGUAUGUGCCUGUUUUUAUUUAUUUUCCAACAGUGAACAUAAGGUAGAGGAAUAACUCAGAAUAAAACACUAGUCCAUUGCAGGAUGACCCCCCCCACACACACACACACACGCACCCAUGCAGACACACACACACACACACACACACACACACACACACACACACACACACACACACACACACACAUGCCCACACAGAAAGUCAAAGGCUGUUGUGCCACUAUGUUGCUAGUAUGCAUGUGUGUGUGUAUAUGUUUUGAGUUGCAUCCAUGUGCUGCCAUGUGUGUGAGCAUGUUUUGGCUUGUGUUGAUCUUUUCAGUGAUUAUAUGCUUUAACCUGUGUUUGUUUUCAGUAUGUGGAGACUUGUAGAAACCUAAAAGAAUAAUGAAUACUGCUGUUAGUAUACUGUAUCACUGAAAGGCCAUAUACAAUUGUAUGGCAGUAUUGAAGCAUUGGCAUCCUUGUCACAAUAAUGAGUUAUGUUCAUUUCUUAUGUUAUUAACAAUAUGCUGCUCACAAUUUCAUAUGUUUUGAUCAGAUACUAAAUAAAUGUGAAAUGUUGAUGUAUAAACUGAA